GGAAUAUUGAUACACAAACUGUGUUAAAUCUAUUUGCUAAUAACUCACUGAUUUAAACAUUCAUUUCCUUAUUAUGUUAAAUGUUGGAGUAAAUAAACUAUAUAAUAUUUAAAACUCGUAAUAUUUUAACGUAACACCUUUAGACAUGUGUAUAAUCAAGUGCCGGCGGCGACGUUAGACUACGUCAACAGCGUACUAAGCACGUGAACGUUACUGCAGCGGUUUCCUUUAUUUAACACGCUGACCUUUGUCUACGGAAAACAUGGCAUCCAAUCGGUUAAGUAUACAACCGGUGUGGGGAGUAAAAGACCGGAAGUUAAGUAAUGGAGUUUUAGACACAGCUGAAAAUCUGAUGGAGAAUAUUGAUGAACUUGCAGAAGUGUUAGAUAAUCUUAAAGACAAGUAUGAUAAGGAGAAACACAUGCUGGCAGACAAAAUACCGGAAGACUCUACCGUAACAAACCAGACAAACAUAAGAGAAACACAUGAACUUAACAUGUUCCGUAAGCUGAAAACAUGUCUCGACUCAACAAGAUUCCUUAUCGGAAGUCUAAGACGAGAAAAGGACAGACUUAUGAAACGAGAACUUAGUGUGGAAUGUAAACUCGGGGAGGUUGAAGAUUAUAAAACUCACGUGAAACAAGAUUUAACGUCCCUGAACGAGCUUGUUGACACGUUAACUACCAAAGUAUGUAAUCAAGAGGUGCAGAUAUGUGAAGAACAAGAGAAAUACGAAAGUCUUAAAUAUGAGAGGGAUAACCUUAAAGAAAGAUUGAAAAGGGCCGAAAACCUGUGUAAAGAUCUGAAUAGUGACAAUGAUAAACUACGAGAGGAGAAUAAAAAUCUUGCGAAAGAAAGAACCGAUGUGUUACUACGACUUGAAAACAAAGAAAUGAGAUAUGAAAACGAAGUGUUGGUUGUUGAAAACGCGAAACUUAAAGAAAUGUUACGAGAUCGUCUUGACAGUAGUGACGGUGAUUUAGGUGUCUCGAAACUGAAUAAAACCGACAGUAAAACUCCCCUAACGUACUUACCGGACCUGAUUGAAGAUAGGAGUAAUAAUAAUGAUACAAUAUUGAUAAAUGAGGAGACAGUCUGUGUUCGUUUAUAGUAUACAGUGUAUAUUCUACAAUCAUCAAAUUGUGAUAAUUAUGAUGAGGGACUUGCGGACAUUUUUCGUGUACAUUGGUCUAUAAUUUUCAAUCAUACUUAUUGAUGAAAUUUAAAAAUUAAGGUCAAACGAUAAGGAAAACAUAAUAAUUAUCACGUGGCUCUAGCGUGUUUAUUUGGGCUGAAUGACCUCAGACCAACUUUUCUUUGUUCUAUUUUAAUACUGGUACAAUUACUUGAUCGCUACAUGAUACUUAAUAAGUAUUAAUAACUAUAAAAUCUUUAGCAAAGAAACACUUAUUUGGUGACUUUAAGCCAUUUAGUACCACACUAUUUUUGCAUGUAAAACAGAUGAUUACGCGUCAAGAAAUGCUAUGUAAAUUUCAAGAAAGAGAGGGGCGGGAAGAGGGGGACACAAAUCACGUUUAUAUAAUUUGAUCAAUGGACUGUUUCAUUUAAUACAUGUGUUUAUCAGGGAUUAGUAACAUCUGUGACAUCAUAAAAAGGAAUUUUUUAAUUUCUUCUUACAAAACGCUGUUUAAUUGGGAAUAACUGAAGGGUAUCAAAUAUAAACUAUUAUUGUUUGUACAUUAUACUGUACAGAAAUAUAAAAAUGAAUCUUUUCAUCCAUAACUGACAUUGCAUUAAUAUUUUUUGCGUUAAAAGAGUGUAUGUAAAACUAUGCUAUAAAAAUGAACAUGCAAGGUUAUGGUGUUUCAAGUACACAAUAUUAUGUUGUUUAAUAUGUUAUAUGUCAGUGAUCUUGUACAAGUUGUUUGUUUAUUUUAUAAUCAUAUUUUUCAAAUAAAUAGGAAAAAAGUUAUUAUAAUUGGCAUGUCGGGGGCAAGUGGGCUUAAUAAUACGCACUUCAUUUUAUGCUUAUUUUUAUAACUCUACCUUUUUCCCCAAUACGGUGUUAAACGGGUGAUAUUCGUUAUCCAUUAAUUCAUUUCCGUUAAAUACAUGACACUACUGAUUUAUUUUGCAUAUUUAAUUAUUCGGUGUACGUUUACGAUAAUUACUUAAGUGUAAUUUAUGUAUGGCGGAAAAUAUCUUCAAUAUAUAAUAUGGCGUUGAUAAUCUUAGCGCACAGUGAAUACGGAGAAGUCAAUUCAUCGAUACCUUUGUUGUCUAAUUGUCAAUAACUGUUUUAUUCGAAAUAAAUCAUUGUGAAACCGAAGUGCUUUAAGUAACCAAUGUACAAG